AGUUUUCAAAGCCAAAAGUUAGUUGAAAAUUGACAAAGAAAGACCAUACAAAAUUCAACUUCCCAGAUACCAAUGUGAAAGCUCGAAGACAACACAGACACCAUUUAUUUGUUUCCGACAGACAACAAUGAAUGACCAUUGGUUUUGUCCUCGCAUUUUCAACCAUGGGUCAGAGCCCAGAAGAGUUGAUUUCCCAUUGCAGCGGUUGUGGUGCUUCCCCAAGGUGAGGCCUUUGCGCUUCUCCACCUCCACCGCUCAGCAAUGCAUUCCACCAUCUUCACAAGGUGCCUUCUUUUCUUCUCUUUCCUCUUUCAUGCUGUCUCUGCACUCACCUCCGAUGGCCUCACCCUGUUAUCUCUCACGACCCACUGGAACUCCGUGCCUCCUUCCAUAAACACCACGUGGCUUGCCUCUGAUUCCACUCCAUGCGCCUCUUGGGUAGGAGUUCAAUGCCACCAUACCCACCAUGUCAUCUACCUUAACCUCACAGGUUAUGGGAUUUCUGGUAAGUUAGGUCCUGAAAUUGGAAACAUUUCUCGCCUAAACUACUUAGACCUUACAAAUAACAACCUCAGUGGCCCAAUACCUCACUCCUUCAAAAACUUGCACAGCCUCCAGUUUCUCAGCCUUGCCAAUAAUCAGCUAUCUGGUGAAAUUCCACAUUCCUUGUCUCAAAUACCUGUUCUGGAUACUAUUGAUCUAUCAAAUAACCUUUUAAGCGGUUCCAUUCCCACCAGUAUUGGGAACAUGUCUGAGCUUUUGCUGUUGUAUCUUCAGAGUAACCAGUUGUCUGGGACAAUUCCUUCAUCCAUUGGGAAUUGCAGUAAAUUGCAAGAAUUGUGUCUGAACACGAAUCAGUUGGAGGGUGUACUGCCUCAGAGUCUAGAUAAUCUCGAUCAUCUGGAAUAUUUUGAUGUCUCCGAUAAUAGACUUACGGGUACAAUUUCUUUGGGUUCAACUAAUUGUAAAAAUUUAGUAGUUUUGGUUCUCUCAGACAAUGACUUUAGUGGUGGCCUUCCCUCAAGCCUGGGGAACUGUAGUAGUUUAUCGGAAUUUUUUGCUGUGAACUGCAAUUUGGUGGGGAAUAUUCCACCCUCCUUUGGGCUACUGACCAAGCUUUCUAUUCUAUGCCUUCCGGUGAACCAUUUAUCUGGAAAAAUACCUCCAGAAAUUGGGAACUGCAAGUCUCUGACAGAUUUAGAGCUGUAUUCCAAUCGGCUUGAGGGUAACAUUCCAAGUGAAUUGGGAAAACUAAGAAAACUGGUGGAUUUGCAAUUGUUUUCAAAUCAAUUGACUGGUGAAAUUCCACUCAGCAUCUGGAAGAUUAAAGGUCUUCAGUCUCUGCAUCUGUAUAAUAAUAGUCUUUCUGGAGAAUUGCCAUUGGAGAUUGCAGAGCUCAAGCAGCUGAAAAACAUCUCUUUGUUUAGCAACCAGUUUUCCGGUGUCAUACCUCAAAGCUUGGGAAUUAACAGCAGUUUAGUUCUGUUGGACUUCACAAGUAAUAAAUUCACUGGCAACAUCCCACCAAAUCUGUGUUUUGGCAAGAAGUUAAAGAUCCUGAAUUUGGGCAUUAAUCAACUUCAAGGUAGCGUACCUCCUGAUGUUGGGAGCUGUACAACACUUACAAGAUUAAUCCUCAAACAGAAUAAUUUUACUGGGCCUCUUCCUCAUUUUAAGAGCUGUCAAAAUCUCGUUUAUAUGGAAAUUGGCAACAACAAAAUUCAUGGAGCAAUUCCAUCAAGUUUGGGAAACUGCACACGUAUCACUGACUUAAUUCUGUCCAUGAACAAAUUUACAGGGGCAAUACCAUCAGAGCUAGGGAACCUAGUGAAUCUUCGGACUUUGAAUCUCGCUCACAAUAACUUAGAAGGUCCUUUGCCCUCUCAGCUAUCAAAGUGCACCAGAAUGGACAGGUUUGAUGUCGGAUUCAAUUUCCUAAAUGGUUCAUUGCCAUCAAGUCUGCAGAGCUGGACAGAGCUAACCACAUUAAUUUUGAGCGAGAAUCGCUUUAGUGGGGGCCUCCCGUCUUUCUUGUCGGAAUUCAAAAUGAUUUCUGAGCUACAACUUGGUGGCAAUGUGUUCGGAGGCAAAAUUCCCGUAUCAGUUGGAGCAAUGCAGAAAUUGAUCUAUGGUUUGAAUCUAAGUUCAAAUAGGUUGACUGGUGAAAUUCCUGUGGAGAUUAGAAACCUGAAAAUGUUGCGAACACUGGAUCUGUCUCAGAACAAUUUGACAGGAGGCAUAGAAGUUCUUGGUGACCUCAUCUCCUUAGUGGAACUCAAUAUUUCAUACAAUUCUUUUCGUGGUAUUGUACCAAAGACGCUGAUGAAGUUUCUUAAUUCUUCCUUGUCAUCGUUCCGGGGCAAUCCUGGCCUCUGCAUCAGAUGUUCAGCGUCAGAUUGCUUGGCUUUCUCGGAAAGAAGCUCUCUAAAAUCAUGCGAUGACAAAUCUACUAAACACAAAGGCUUGAGUAAAAUUCAAAUUGUGAAGAUGUUUCUUGGAUUGUCCAUAUUUCUUGGUUUGGGGUUGCUGGCAUUAGUUUGUGUUGUUGUUUUUGAGAGAAUAGCUAAGCAGGAAAACAAUAUCUCUUCUGAACAGGGUUCUUCAUACCUUCUUAACAAAGUCAUGGAGGCCACAGCGAACCUAAAUGAUCGAUAUAUUAUUGGUAGAGGAGCUCAUGGAAUUGUUUAUAAAGCUCUGAUAGGUCCAGACAAAGCUUUUGCGGUGAAAAAGAUAGGAUUGGCUGCGAGCCAAGGUAAGAACUCGAGCAUGGUCAGAGAGAUUCAGACCCUUGGGAAAAUCAGGCAUCGAAAUCUAGUCAAAUUGGAAGACUUUUGGUUGAGAAAAGAUUGUGGUAUAAUUUUGUACAGCUACAUGGAAAAGGGAAGUCUCCAUGAUGUUUUGCAUGAAAGGACACCACCACCAACCUUAAAGUGGAGUGUUCGGUAUAAGAUAGCUGUUGGAAUUGCUCAUGGAUUAGCUUAUCUCCACUAUGACUGUGACCCUCCCAUUGUGCACCGAGACAUCAAGCCCAGCAAUAUUCUUUUAGACUCUGACAUGGAGCCUCACAUUGCUGACUUUGGUAUUGCCAAACUUCUGGAACAGUCUUCUCCUGCUUCAAAUACUUCCAUUGUUGUGCCGGGUACUAUUGGUUAUAUUGCUCCAGAGAAUGCUUAUGCAACAACAAGUAGUAGGGAGUGUGAUGUGUACAGUUACGGAGUUGUUUUGCUUGAGCUGAUAACAAGAAAGAAAGCAGCCACAGAUCCUUCCUACAUGGAGGGUGGUGUUUUGGUGGAUUGGGUUAAAUCUGUGUGGAGGGAAACAGCAGAAAUUCAUCAAAUUGCUGAUUCUAUCCUUUCAGGGGAAUUUGCAGAUACCCAUAUAAUGGAAAACGUUACCAAAGUGCUUAUGGUUGGUUUGAGAUGUACUGAGAAGGAUCCACACAAGAGACCCACAAUGAGAGAUGUUAUUAAUCAAUUGUCAGAUUCCAAUCCACGAACAAGAAGCACAAAGGGGUAGCUACCGUGAUAGCAGUUCUGCAGCAUGCAUUUUACUCCUUGUCUCACCAAUCCAAUGCAAAAUUAGCUUAUAUUUAGUAGUGACAGCAAUAGUAGCAGUGUUGUACUUGAUUUACGUUUGUAUCUUUGAGGCUAAAUAGGUUAUGGUGUGUGUGGUAUGUUAUGUUCCUAACCUUGGUGCUGUAAGUGUAGUUUGUUUGGAUUGUUCGUCCAAAUAAUGUCAUAUAUGAGGUGAAUUAAACUAGAAAAGGGCUAUUUAGUGAAAGAAAAAAUGAGUACUUUUGAUACUUGUGAUGGAUUAAAAUGUAUUUUGCUUUACGCUAUCCACCAGAUCAAAGAGGUUUGCACAGACAAGCAACAUCAAUUACUGCUCUGCCAAACCAUCAUCAUUU